AUGCAAUCCACUCACAGCGGCGGCGGCGGCGAAGGAGGAGGAGGAGGAGGUGGAGAUGUGAGUCGUGGUGGGUUAUCUCGGAUCCGUUCAGCUCCGGCCACUUGGAUUGAAACCCUACUCGAGGACGAUGAAGAAGAUGAUUUGAAACCCAACCUCUGUUUAACUGAGCUUCUUACCGGAAACUCGGCAGGGUUAACAAGUCCCGACACGUUUGACUUCCCUAGUUCCGUUGAGCAGGGACUGUACAAUCACCAAAGUGGGUUUUACCGUCAGAACAGCUCUCCAGCGGAUUUUCUCAGUGGCUCUGGAGCUACGACUGAUGGGGUUUUAUCAAAUUUUGAGAUUCCUGCUAAUUACGAUUACUUGCCGCCGAACGUUAACAUUUCUCCGGGGAGUAAACGGUCGAGAGAAAUUGAAGCUCAGUUCUCUUCCCAGAUGAAAGAAGAGCAAAUGAGUAGUGGUGUAUCAGGAAUGAUGGAUAUGAACAUGGAUACGCUUCUUGACGACUCGGUUCCUUUUAGGGUUCGUGCUAAACGCGGUUGUGCAACUCAUCCUCGUAGCAUCGCUGAACGGAUGAGGAGAACACGAAUAAGUGACCGGAUCAGGAGGCUGCAAGAACUUGUUCCUAACAUGGAUAAGCAAACCAACACUGCGGACAUGUUAGAAGAGGCUGUGGAGUAUGUGAAAGCUCUUCAACGCCAGAUCCAGGAGUUGACAGAGCAACAGAAGAGGUGCAGAUGCACACCUAAAGAAGAACAAUAAGCGCUUCUGACUCCGUAUGCAGUAGAGAUUUCCAUCUUGGAUUUCCUCCUAUGCCUAGAACAGAUACAACUCAUGGAUGUGUAUUCCAUAUUGAAGGGAGGGAGAAAGUUAUUUAUUUUUUUGUCGUUUUUAUCCAGUAUAAAUGUAACUUUGUUGUUAUAUUUUUUCAUCACUAAAAGAUCAUAUUGGAAGAUAAAGAAAUAUAAUAGAGAUUACACCGAGA